AUGCGGGGACGAAGAUUCUUCUCGGCCUCCGCCUUCAAAUAUCAAUUCCGCGAUUCGUAUGACUUCACUCGGCUCCUUCGGUCUUCAUCCGGCUUCCAAAGCCUCAGAGCAAUCCACGCACGGAUUUUAACAGCAGGGCUCCAUCAAAACCCUUUUCUCGCAGCCAGUCUCGUCUCCCGAUAUGCUUCACUCGGCUCCCACUACUUCACCGUCGCCCGCAAGGUGUUUGACUAUUUGCGCCAUCCGGAUGCCGUCGUCUAUAACGUCAUCAUCCGCUGCUAUGCUGCCUCCAGCCUUCCGGCAGAAGCCACAGCGAUCUACGCCCAGAUGCUUUGCAAUGGCGCAGUUCGCCCCAAUCUCUACACUUACCCAUUCGUUUUCAAGGCCUGUGCGGCCAGCGGCUGCCAGAGAAUCGGCCGAGCAAUCCAUUCUCACGCCAUUAGAGCUGGGGCUGGUGGCGAUCUCUUCGUCAACAACUCACUUGUCGCGCUUUACGCUAAAUGUGCGCAUAUGGAGACUGCGAAGAUGGUGUUUGAAAAAAUGCCGUACAAAGAUCUUGUUAGCUGGAACUCGUUGAUCUCUGGCUACGCCCAGAACGGAUACCAUUAUGAAGCCUUGGAACUUCUGCAUAGAAUGCUGCCUGAAAAUUUGCCCGAUCAUGUUACGCUUGUCUCUGUUCUUCCGGCAUCCAUGGUUCUGGCUUCCAUUGCGGAAGGCAUGUGGAUCCACAGCUAUGCAUUGAAGAGAGGCAUUGGAGUAGACGCAGCUGUGGGUAGUGGGCUCAUCGAAAUGUAUGCAAAUUGUGGACGUUUAGGUGUUGCUCAGAGGGUGUUUGAUCAAAUUACGGAGAAGAAUGUUGUCGUGUAUAACUCAAUGAUAAGAGCUUUUGGAAUACAUGGGCAAGCUUCAGCAGCUCUGGAUAUAUUUUCAGAAAUGCUGAUAUGUGGAAUUAAGCCUGACUCCAUUUGCUUUGUGUCAAUACUUUCUGCUUGUAGCCAUGCGGGGUUGGUUGAAGAGGGAUUUAAGAUUUUUGACAGGAUGGAAGCUGAAUAUGAAGUGGAGAAAGGCCAAAUACAUUAUGCUUGCAUGGUGGAUCUGCUGGGACGUUCAGGGAAACUAAAGAGGGCAUUGGAGUUCAUCUAUAGAAUGCCAAUGGAGCCUGGGCGAGAUGUGUUGGGUGCAUUGCUAGGAGCUUGUAAAGCUCACAAAAAUGUCGAGCUUGGGAUUGAGGCUGCAAGUAGAUUGCUUGUUAUUGAUCCAGAGAAUGCAGGAAGGUAUGCUGUGCUUGCAAAGAUGUAUGAGGAAUUAGGUAGAUGGGAAGAUGUGGCAAGUGCGAGGAAGGUGAUUAAGGAUAGGGGAGUGAGGAAGCCGCUUGGAUGCAGCAUGGUGGAAAUUGCUACAAAGUUCCAUACCUUUGGGGUGGAAGAUGAGGGUCAUCCAAUGAGGUGUGAGAUUUUUGGUGCACUGGAGAGGUUGAAGGGAAUGGUGGAUGAAGAGGAGAAGGUGGCUUUGUUGUCCUGA